CAGAGUGUUGACUUCAGUAAAUCCACGCACUCGGUCGCACUCGGAGCUGCCGUGGGGCUCCAUUUUAUUAUUAUUAUUAUUAUUAUUAUUAUUAUUAUUACCAGAGCCACCGUGGAUAACUUUCGUUGACGUGACGAUUUGGAAGCUUGAAGAAUGACGUUUCCCCACCGAAAAGUCGACGGGCUGACGCGAGUAUGAAGUCGGGCAUGCACAAGCCACCUCUGGCCCCGAAACCCAAGCUAUCCCAGCUCCAGCCGGGGGUGCCGUCUCCCUUGACGCCCAGAAAAAAUGCCCUGUCGCACCAGUCUCCCGGCUCCUUACGGAAGAUGAAACCGAUGCUGGCACCCAAACCCAACCCCUCCAAGCUAAACUCCAAACCAGGCGCUUCAAAGCUGCGAGCAACUACCGUCGGCAAAUCCCCACAGAUGGUUGGCCUCCUGAACACCCAAAAUGGAAUACAGCGUGACAACAAAAAGCCAAACUGGGAUUACAUUAUUCCCAUUUGUCUGUGUAGCCAGAAAAACUGCCGGUGCAUCCGUGACAGUCACAUGAACAAAACCGAGGAAGACUUCAAGGCUUUGCACGAGGUCAAAGCCGAGGACAAUGGAAAGACCACAUCUCCAGAGAGAAAGACUGACAAUGCAAAAAGAGAAGUCACACAUGCGUCAACUGCAAAGGGUCAUCUCGAAAACCACCAACCUCCCCGAGAGACUUCAUCUGCUUUAGACAAGAACCACAACAAAAACUCAAAUACCUCGAGUUCUCCGAUUCAAGUUGGAUCGCUUGAUUUCAGAACUGUCAGCCGUGAGGCGAACGCUAAUGCGAUAAUCCGGGACGACGGCCAGCAUGAUCCGGAGGAAGACGCAAAUUCCUCUGAGCAAAAACAACACCCAGCCACCCCGAAUAAGCCCAUCCCUGUCCCAGUGCCACAGAGACCCAAAAACGCCUGGCUGGCCCGCCAGGAAAAGGUGGAGGAGGAGAGGGAGAAGAGUCUGAUCCAGGAAGGGAGGAAAGUGAAAGAGUUGAAGGUGUCAAGUGAAGGGAAAGGCAGCGCUUCCUCAUCUGUCAGUUGGACUGCUGGUGGAAAGGGAGCGUCGCCGUCAUCUGCCAGAAGACCGGCCCCCACGCCCAGGAAAAAGCCUUAUCUCGUUACAAGUCCCGCUGCUUCACCGCUCCAAAACAACGUGGACGAAGAAGACCUGGGCUGGGACAGCAACACCUGCGAAACGGAGCUAUCCGUCGACAAGGAGGAUGAGGAGGUGGAAGUCGAGAGAGACGCAAGGCGUGAUCAGGAAGCCUCCGACAAAGACCGGACAGAUUCCAGUUUUCACUCCGACGUUAUAGACGACCACGACAGAGCAGUCAAGCUAGUUCCCAAGAAGCCGCGAAGAAACAACAGCCCCAUGGCGUGGAUGAAGAAGACGGAAUCUCCUGAAGUCGGAGAAGAGCUGAAAUCAGGAGCUAAUGUGAAAAAUCAGAAGACCGUCGCGACAGAUCUUCCUUCGCUUCCGGUAAAGAUGACAGCUGACAGCACCCCAACGCCAACCUCGGGCAAACAGAGACCCAGGUCCUUUUCCGCUGCGGACUUGGUCCGCUCCCAAGGAAGGAGUAGCUCUUUCAGGAAGCUUCUGGAUCAGAAGCUCUCUGUCAUGAUGCUGCCAAAGCUCAUGGCUAAAGGAUCCCAGACGCCGCAGUCCGGCGAGCAGGACAUACCGCAGCAUCUCCGCAGCGCUCUCGGGGCGGAAGGCGAGUUCUCUUGCCCUCUGGUCGGACUGGAACAAAGCGUAGACGGAGACGAGCGGGACGUUAACUAUGAGAACUUUUCCUACUACGAGGAGAUAUCAGACUACGAGAACGUCUACUUCGGCGGCUCAGAGGGUUCCGGUGCCACCUGGCAGAGUUUGUACGACGACGGCAUUUAUGAGGAGCCAGAGGCGUAUUUGUCCCCGGAUAAAAACGCUGACUAUGACAGAAGUUCUGUAGACGAUGGCGGGUCGGACGACGACUUCAUGCUGCCUUUCUCGGACGACGACGACGGAGACGACAGCUCGGUCUCAAGUAAAGGCGACCCCGAGCAGUCCGAGGAAAAUGCGACGCAAAGUGGCCUCCGAAAGACCAAGACCCAUCACAUCGCCACUGAGAUUAUGACCUCUGAGAAAGUGUUCGUUGAUGUCCUGAAGCUGCUUCACGUCGACUUCCGCGACGCCGUGGCCGAAGCAUCUCGUCAAAACGGCAAACCCGUGAUCGAGGAGCGUCUGCUCGACCGGAUCUUGUACUACCUCCCGCAACUCUACGAACUCAACCGGGAUUUGCUGCAAGAGCUGCACAAUCGACUGGCCGAAUGGGAUGAAAACGAGCAGGUGGCCGACAUCUUCCUGAAGAAAGGUCCCUAUCUGAAGAUGUACUCCACAUACAUCCGGGAGUUUGACAAGAAUGCGGCGCUACUGGAAGAGCACAGCAAGAAGAACGCGGCCUUCGGUGCCGUCGUGCGACAAUUUGAGGCCAGCCCGCGUUGCGCCAGCUUGGCUCUGAAGCACUACCUCCUCAAGCCCGUCCAAAGAAUUCCUCAGUACCAGCUCCUGCUCAGAGACUAUUUGAAAAAUCUGUCCAAAGACUCGGCCGACUACAAGGACACGCAAGCUGCUCUUGCUGUUGUUAAAGAAGUUGCGAAUCACGCCAACGACAUCAUGAAGCAAGGGGACAACUUCCAGAAGCUGAUUCAGGUGCAGUGCAGCCUGAACGGCCGUCACGAGAUCGUCCGGCCCGGCCGGACAUUCCUGAAGGAGGGCAUCCUCAACAAGCUGUCCAGGAAAGUCAUGCAGCCCAGAAUGUUCUUCCUGUUCAACGACACCCUGCUGUACGCCACACCCGUUCAGUCGGGCCAGUACAAGUGUAACAACAUGUUGUCUCUGGCGGGGAUGAAGGUGAGCAAACCGAGCCAAGAAGCCCACCAGAAUGAGUUUACCAUCGAGAGCGUGGAGCGCUCCUUCAUUCUCUCCGCAAGUUCGGCGUCGGAGAGAGACGAGUGGCUCGAGGCCAUUUCCACAGCCAUCGGCGAUUACACCAAGAAAAAGAUCACGUUCAUAUCUGGAAAGUCCUUCGACGAGGCCCAACUGAGCGACGGCGCCGACGGCGCUUCUUUGGGCACCAAGGCGCCGAUAUGGAUCCCGGACCCACGCGCCACCAUGUGUAUGGUCUGCACCUGCGAGUUCACUCUGACGUGGAGGCGGCACCACUGUCGAGCCUGCGGCAAGGUGGUGUGCCAAUCCUGUUCCUCCAACAAGCAAAGCCUCGAGUACCUCAAGAACCAGUCGGCGAGAGUGUGCGACCAGUGUCACAUGGCGCUGCGCGAGCAGAAAGGCGAAGAGGAUCUCUCUGGAGCGGCGUCUCCCAAAGCCUCCUUUGCGUUCUCUCGUAAACACAAGCGGAUACCGGCGGCGCUUAAAGAGGUGUCCGCCAGCACAGACAACUCCUCCAUGAGUGGCUAUUUGCAGAGGUCGAAGGGCAAAAAGAAGCAGGGGAAGCGCUUGUGGUUUGUGAUCAAAGAUAAGGUCCUGUACACCUACGCUGCCAGCGAGGAUGUCGCCGCCUUGGAGAGUCAACCGCUUUUAGGUUUCGUCCUAAAAGUCGACUCGUCGCAAAGGUUACAGUUCAAGCUUUACCACAAAAACACCCCGUACUACAAUUUCAAAGCCGACGACGUCCAAACGGCCCAGAGGUGGAUCGACACAUUCCGAGAAUCGGCCGUACUUUAGGAUCCGGAUGUCGACGUGUCGUCCCUGCACUCCGAGGUGUCACCUCGGUGCUCCCGGAGUUUUCGCAUCAGUUCGGAUUGGAAGGCUUUUGCCCCCAUUUUACUCGCCAUAUUUUCAUGCAGAACAGCAUCGUAUCCUGUUUUCCACCAUCUUUAGGGAUUCCGCCCUCUUUGCGAACAGCGUUUGUGAUGAAAAUCCCCUUCAUUGUCUGCUUUAGUCGCGUUCGCAGAAAACCUGUGACGUGUGAUGAAUCUGCCAUCAUUAAUUUUUGUAUUUUUUUUUUAUAGACCCGGUUUGAAGUGGUGUGUGUUCCCCCCUCAAACACACACACACGCUCGUAUAUAUUUCCCAUGACUAGUAAGCGAACUCACUUCAAUGCAAGUAAAUAGCUCGCCACACCUGUUGUGUAAAUACCAGUGGUCCCAAAUGCUAUAUAUGUAAUCGCGCAUUGAAUACGCGCAUCCUCUUACUGAAAUAAAUAUUGUUUUAGCAUUC